AUGGCAGAAAACGAAAAUUAUUCACCAAUAUGGAUGAAGUUCAACCCUGAAUCUGAAGUCAAAGAGGAGAUCAAACUAGAAGUUACAGGGACGGUGCCGGACUGGAUCGAUGGAUCACUUUACAGAAAUGGAUCCGGGGUAUUUCAAUAUGGCGGCGAUAAAAUUAACCACUUGUUUGAUGGUAUGAGUGUCUUGUUAAAGUUUAAGAUUCAAGAUGGCAGAGUAAUGUUUCAGAGUAAAGUACUAGAUACAGAUGCGUGGAACAAAACGCUUAAAGCCCAGCGACUGGUCUGCGAUCAGUUUAGUACUAAAGGUGUUCCUGAUCCAUGUCAAAGUAUAUUUUCUAGAUUUUUCUCUAUAUUUAAAAAGAAAGAACCAAACGACAACACGAAUGUCAGUGUCAUUGAAAGAGGAGAUGAGUUAUGGGCCUUGACAGAAACUCCUCAAAUGUAUCGAGUAGAUCCAAAUACACUUCAACAAAACAAAAAGGUAACGAUGUCUAAUUAUGUUGCUGUUCAUUUGGCAACUGCUCAUCCACACACCAGUGAUGAUGGUUACAACUAUAAUCUAGGGUCCUGUAUGAAGCCAAGUAGAGCCUAUAACAUCAUCAGAAUACCAACUCAACCAAAUGGAAAUCUGGAAAAUGAGAAAGCUGAAAUAGUGGCGACAAUACCAUCUAGAUGGAAAACAAUGGUUGGUUAUCAGCAUAGUUUUGGUAUAACUGAGAACUAUUUUGUUAUACUUGAGGCACCAUUUGGUAUCAGUUUACCUAAAUUAAUAAGGAAAAAGCUGGGCAACUCAACAUCUGCUGACUGUUUAAUGCCAUGUCCUGGUGAAAAGGCCAUAUUUUAUUUGAUACGUAAAUCGAACGGAGAACUGGUAAAGACAAAGUUUGAAGCUGAUCCGAUGUUCGUAUUUCAUUUCGUUAAUUGUUAUGAAGAGGAUGGUCACGUAGUUGUAGAUAUAGUCGUAUAUGAUAACGUAUUAACCAUUAAAGAGUUGUAUCUGAGCCAUCUGAAAGGAAACUGUAUGUCUACUGUAACCCCCGAUAGUAGUUUUAGAAGAUUUGUCCUACCACUAACAGUUAAAGAGGACAGUAUAACCUAUGAUAACCUGGUAACAAUAGAAUCAAAAGCAACAGCUGUACUUCAAAAAGAUAAAAGUGUCUUCUGUCGACCUGAUCUCAUUACGAAAGCAUUAAAGGAAAAAAACUACUUUCACUUACUGGCCUCUCUUUCACAGAAAUAUUCAAUGGCGGAUCGUACACCAGAAUUAGACCUGGCCAGGUCUUGGUGUUCAGAGGGUGUACCAAUGGAGCUACCUCAGAUUAAUUAUGACCAGUUCAAUGGUAAAAAAUAUCAGUUUGUUUAUGGUGCCACCAUAUUUUCAUCUAAAAACCAGAUUGUAAAACUGGAAGUACAGACCGGUGAACUGAAGGUUAAAGAAAUUGAAAACACCCACAUGACAUGUGAACCCAUCUUCCUGGCUAAACCAGGUGCUGUUAAAGAGGACGAAGGUGUAGUAUUGGUACCUAUCUUAGCCUGUAAAGAAGGAACUGCGACCUAUUUACUGAUAUUAGAUGCUGAAUCCAUGGUAGAACUAGCUCGAGCUGAAGUUCCUGUUGAAAAUAUUGUAACUUUUAAUUUUCAUGGUUGUUUUUCCAAACACAAGCAGGAUACAGACUAUUCAGUUGAUGGAAGAUAA